GCGAAUAGUGACAUAUGACGCCAACAGCAAAUGGACUGGCUUUGUUAAAUGUUAAAUUGGGUGCUACUAUCCACUCUCCACGAACUGGAGACCGAGUAAGUGAAAUGUUUAGGUGGCGCCAGAAGUUGGAUUCAGCUGAGGGCCAGCGGAACAACGCAACAGUGAACAGGUGAACAGGUGAUGAAACCUUCCCGAGCGUACUCCAGACAGCAGCUAUCAGACAAUAUGGCACCAGAAAGACCUAUGAAACACACAACUGAUGAAGUCCUUGAUGCUGAGAUGAAGAAAGAAAGAAGAAACAGAGGAAAUCAGAUGAAGGCUGAAGACAGAGGACAGUGGGCCAGUAAAACAGAGUAUAUUCUGGUUGUUGCAGGAAAUGUGGUCGGGCUGGGCAACAUGUGGAGAUUUCCUUACCUCUGCUACAAGAAUGGUGGAGGUGCAUUUCUGGUGCCAUAUGGUCUGUUAGCUGUGGUGUGUGGGAUACCUCUGUUCCUACUAGAGACUGCAAUCGGUCAGUACACCCAGGAAGGAUUCAUCACCUGCUGGAGUAAAUUGUGUCCACUAGCACGAGGGAUUGGAUAUGGAAAUUUUAUGAUGAAAAUGUAUGACUUCAGCUACAUUAUAAUCCAGGUCUGGGCUCUCUUCUACCUGGUGUUCUCAUUCAGAUCCCAGCUGCCCUGGGCCACCUGUGAGAACACCUGGAAUACAGCUAACUGUAUGGAUCCUCAGAUUUUGGAUUCACCUUCAAUAAAUCUGACAAAUCAGACCGUGUUGACCAACACCACCUUUGCUGCUACUGAGUUCUGGGAACGGCGGGUGCUGGGCAUGUCUGGAGGCAUUGAGGAGCUGGGCAGUGUGAGAUGGGAACUGGCUUUGUGUCUUCUAGCUGCCUGGGUGUUCUGCUACUUCAGUAUUUGGAAAGGUGUCAGAUCUUCUGGAAAGGUAGCAUACUUCACAGCCACUUUCCCCUAUGUGAUGCUCCUGAUUCUGCUCAUCAGAGGCUUGACUCUCCCUGGAGCUGGGGAAGGGAUCCACUACUACCUGUAUCCAAACUUAAACCGCCUGGCUAACCUUGAGGUGUGGAUAGAGGCGGGAUCUCAAAUAUGCUUCUCCUACAGCGUGACUGCAGGAACUCUGACUGUUCUGGGCAGCUAUAAUCGGCACCACAACAACUGUUAUAAGGACAGCUUUUGGCUCUGUCUGCUGAACAGUGGGACCAGUUUUGUUGCUGGAUUUGUCGUCUUCUCUGUGCUUGGAUUCAUGGCUCAGAAACAGGGUGUUACUGUUGACACUGUGGUUGAGUCAGGUCCAGGUUUGGCCUUCAUUGCUUACCCUCAGGCAACAGCUAUGAUGCCGUUGCCACAGUUCUGGACUGUCUGCUUCUUCCUGAUGCUCUUUCUACUGACUGUUGACACACAUUUUGUGACGGUCGAGUGUUUUAUCACCUCAAUAAGUGACUUGUUCCCGGAGCUGUUUCGUAAAUCAGGGAGACAUGAACUGCUUGUUCUUUCCAUCUGUUCAUCCUUCUUCCUCAUAAAUCUGAUGUUGGUCACUGAGGGAGGGGUUUACAUAUUCCAGCUUAUUGAUUAUUAUGGCACUACCAGAGCUUGUCACUAUUUCAUGGCUUUAUUUGAGUGUCUGGCUCUGGCCUGGAUUUUUGGUGCUGAUCGUGUUAUUAACAUCAUUGAGGACAUGACAGGACAGAGACCCUCUGUUUUCUUCAAACUGUGCUGGAAAUACGUGAUUCCUCCACUGUCACUGGUUUCCUUUAUCCUGUACCUGGUUGAUUUCAAACACCUCAAAAUCAAUGACUGGUACAUUUACCCUGACUGGGCAUACGCCUUGGGAUGGACCAUGACACUCUCCUCUGUUCUCAUGGUGCCACUGUGGGCAGCUGGGCAGAUGUGUUUAACAGCAGGAACCUUCAGACAGCGUUUGUCUGUUCUGUGUUGCCCUGCUGAAGAUCCAGCCUGACAGAGGAGAAAAAUGGAAGAGGAGGGAACAAUUGUUGAACUGAGGACGCCUGCGACAACUUAGUGUGACCUGG